AGAAAAGAAAUGUAUCCUUAAAUUCUCUCAGGCACUCAGCAAAAAAACAGAGAUGAGAGACCCACUGAACAAUAAUAAUAAUCAUCACCAAAAGAAAGGCCAUCAACCAUCCAAGUCUCACCCAAUAGCAGAUAAGGGCAAAAGAUAAGGUCCAUGCCAUUCAUCUUCACAAAAUCACUCACUCCCCCAAUAAAAAAAAAACCUUUUCUCAUUUUAUUUCAAAAGAACCACACAGAUCCAUCCAUUCUGGUUUAUAAGGCCACGCUUUUCAGUUCUACAAAUCCCCAACUUUCCUCAUUUUACCCACCGUGCAGCCAACACAAACAACCAUGGCCACCACCGCGGCAGCCACCGCCACCGUCGCCGCCUCCCGAUUCACCGCCGGGGCCCAAACCCGGAGGCCCAACUUCGUCCAGGCCCGGUUCGGAUUCAGCUUCGGGAAGAAGAAGGGGGCCCCACAGCCCAAGAAGAAGCCCGCAGUCCCGGCAGGGGACAGGCUGGUCUGGUUCCCGCGGGCGAACCCGCCGGAGUGGCUCGACGGGACCAUGGUGGGCGACCGCGGGUUCGACCCGCUGGGCCUGGCCAAGCCGGCCGAGUACCUGCAGUUCGACUUCGACUCGCUGGACCAGAACCUGGCCAAGAACCUGGCCGGGGACAUUAUAGGAGUGAGGACGGAGGCCACGGAUGUGAAGCCGACGCCGUUUCAGCCGUACGACGAGGUUUUCGGGAUCCAGCGGUUUAGGGAGUGCGAGCUCAUCCACGGGAGGUGGGCCAUGCUUGGCACGCUGGGGGCCAUCGCCGUCGAGGCCCUCACCGGCGUCUCCUGGCAAGAUGCCGGCAAGGUGGAGCUGUUGGAAGGUGCGUCGUACCUGGGGCAGCCGCUGCCGUUCUCGCUGACGACGCUGAUCUGGAUCGAGGCGCUGGUCAUCGGAUACAUCGAGUUCCAGCGGAACGCCGAGCUCGACCCGGAGAAGCGGCUCUACCCGGGCGGGUACUUCGACCCGCUGGGCCUGGCGUCCGACCCGGAGAAGAAGGAGAGCCUCCAGCUGGCCGAGAUCAAGCACUCCAGGCUCGCCAUGGUGGCGUUCCUCAUCUUCGGUCUCCAGGCUGCUUACACCGGCAAAGGCCCAAUCAGCUUCGUCGCCACCUUCGGCCAGUGAUCUCCGGCCAGCCAAUAUUAAUGUUACCGUUUGCACGCAGUAAAAAAAAGACAAAAGCUAGUUGAGUUAAUUAUAUAAAUAAAAAAAAAGAAUGUAAACCGAAAUUUUAAAAGUACUACUACUGCCUGUGGACAGUGAGAUACAGUAAUUAAAUUAACUACUGCAUAUGAUUAAGUUCUCGUGCGUUUACUGAUUUAAUUUACUGCGGAACGAAGAGAUAUGGUAAGAAAUGGUGGUGAAAGUUGCGUAUGUGACGUGGGAAUAUUCACUUUUUAUUCGUUCUUCUUAGCUGCUGGUGGAAUGGAAAUUGGUUUGGUUGCAGUCGUAUGACAUUUGAGAUGGAGCAAUUACAAAGAAAGACAUGUCGUCAUGUUCACAACAUAAUAUAUUUAAUACGGUUAAGAUUUAAAGCUGACCUCCUUA